CGCCCGUCAGUGAGCUCAGGUUUAAGGCUAUGCCAUCAGGGCAGAUUAUGAAGCAGAUCUUGUCUCUGGUGUUCUCCUUCACUUGUCUAAAUGGCUGAACACAGACUCUCCAUGCUUCUUUUUCUGUGGCUCUUUGUGUGCAUCCAGCCUUCAUGGCUCUUUGAUCAAGUGCCUGCAAUCCUGGACAGGAGCUUGGAGGUCCCACCAUUUCAAAGUAUCAGAAUCAGACCAGAUGGAGUAGACAUUGAAAGUUCAAGUGCCUCACAUGAGGAGAGUUUUUCGCCUGCAGCUGAAAACCCACUCCGAAAAAUGUUGCAGCCCUAUGGAUGGCAUUUGCACACUCAGCCCAGAACUAAAAGGAAGUUACUUCAGUCUACUAGCUCGGGGCCAUACUCUCCUCUGAGUGUAGCCUAUAAUGGCAAGAUAUGCAUCCUGUUCAAGGCCAAGAGGCUGGCUAUUCGCUACAGGAACAACACUUUUCUGGACUUAACAGAAAGGGUUUUUGGGCCCAAUGCAUCUGUAGACACCAAAGGCUCAGUAUGCGCCAAAGAAAAAGCUACCCUUUCUCUUCGCUUGGGAGAUGUGGAGGACAUUAAGGGACUUGUCAUUAGGCUCCAAAUGUCCAACACAUUUUAUGAGUCAGUAGGCCAGAACUGGUUCACUUUGGACAGUGUUCAUAUCCACUACAACUGGACCCAUGAGGCUACUUUUAAUGCCACUGAAGUCUACGCUCCCGCUACCUACUCAUACCACUGCCAGCAUGUCAGCAGCCUACAGAAGUAUGACACCUUACUGGUACCCAGUUCCCACACAGAUAGCUCUGCGAACUGGCACAUCACUUUUACAGACUUCCAAAUCCAAGCCUUCAAUGUGCAAUCCAACAAAUUUGCCUCAGCCAGUGAUUGCGCAACGUUCUUUACGCCAGCCAUCCUGAUGGGACUCAUCACAUCUUUGAUUCUACUAUUGGUGUUGGCCUAUGCCCUCCACAUGGUAGUUCAUCUAAAGCACAUUGACCGAUAUGAAGAGCACAAGACCACUGUCUACUUCCCACGUAUGCCAGAAGCUGAACUACCUGACAAGAACAGUGUUUAGGGGCAGGGUUGCUACAAUGGCACCACCUAUGGACCAAGAGCAGCUCUGCAAAGGACCAGACAGGAACUCUUCUUAAUCUUGCCACUACUGAUUCUGAAUUGCUGCACUGCUCUCAGUCUUAGUCCUGCCUGCAAAUAAACUCACUUGGCUGUUGGUUAAGACUUGUGUUUCUUCAGGACAUGAUUCCUCAGGACUAGGACUGGGAAACCUAUAAAGAUGGUCCUGGACUUGUGCUGGACCAAAAAUGGACUUUGGGUAUACUUAGGGCAAACUGAACAAGUACUGGCAAAGUAUACUGUAGGAAUAAAGAAAAGUGAAUGAACAAACAAAGGAAAAUGAACAAAGAAAAGAAAAAGUGUGCCUGUGGCCCAGUUGUCACAAUACAAUAGAGGUUACUGAUGGGAAUAACAAAGAAAAACAUUUUGUGAUUGCCAAAGUUUGGCAAUUUUUUCAGCCUUGACAAAUCACUGACAGUAAAAAAAUGUGAAUAUGAAACAUGUAUAAAAAAGUAGAAAACAAACUGUAAAUAUGCAGCGCUUACAAACUCUACUGUAGUUUUUUAAGUAAUACAAGCACCACAUGUACAAUAGAUUCAGUUCUGUCUGCAAUCUCAAAAUAUGCAGUUAAUGAUGUAGUUGAAUAGCUCAUGGCUACUGGUUUAGAAUUUAACAGCCUACACAUACAAAACCUAUAUAAAACAUGCAUCAAGAACAUGUUUUUUUUUUCUUUUUUUGAACACAUAAAGUUGUAAUAAUUUCAGUGCAACAUUUCUUUUAAUAUAAACAUAUGUUUUAGGCCUAUUUAAACUUUUUCCUGAUUACUAGGUGGAAUGUAUUAGGUCUAAUAUAUGUACACUAAUUUUCAGCAAAUGCUGUGUAACUAUAGGGACAUCCUGCUAAAAGAAUAAAAGAAUGCUGUAUGAUAACUCAUUUAGGUGUGUACCCUAAGUAACAUAUCCAGUAAGCCUUUAUAUAUCUACAAGUAACAUCGGUAACUCACUGCAAUAACCCACAGCAUGUAAACAGCUAAUGCUUAAAAAAAUAUUUAGGGCGGCUCUGACACACAUGUGCAACUUGUUCUGUUUGUCCAAAUGAAAGCUUACGUACACAUUAAAGGUUCCAGUCAAUGUAGUUUGAAAAAUAAACAAUGAUCAGCUGAAAAAAAGUGUGUGCAUCAAUUUCCAGUCUUUAGAAUUUUCAUAUGUGGGUUUUGUUGGAUAUUGCAGUCAUUUUAAACAUGUGAGAAAUGUUUAAAUGUGAAACACCAAUGGAAAACUACCUGUAAGUGGUUAAUUGUGCAGAUCACACCAGGUCACUGGCUGCACUCAUUUGGUUCAGAGUUCCUGAUGUUUUCAUCGGGUAAAGGCAACCUCAUCCUCCGGCCUAUGUUUUUCCUCUCUGUCCUUUCUGCCAUCUGUUCUCCCCUCUCACCUCACACCAGGAGAAUGGCAAACCCCUCGCUGGGACAGUUUACCUACAGUAUCACCUCUGAACCGGAAACAUGCCUGUCUGCCGCCAAAAUGUGGAGACUCACUGCUACUGUUAAUUUGCCUAUUUGGUACACAUGUGGCUCAUUUAUAAAUUUACUGACCAGAGAUAAACUGCACUGCUUCCAAGCCCUUUUUAUUAUUCUUAUUCUUAUUUAUCCAGUCUUCAUUAUUAUUUAAAAUCUAAGGUGAUGGGAGAUUUCUCCCAAACCACUAGUUUUCUCCCCAAAACAAGCCAGCAGGUGAACUGAUAUCUGUAUAUUGCUCCUAAGAUGUGAAUACAGUAUGUGCCCUGUGCAUCCCAUUUAGUGUAUA